AUGUGUCGAAAUCAGGCAAAUGACCGGUUUAUAUGCAGAAAUGAGACGAUUGUACGUGAACACGAUUGGUCGACAGUUUUUAAUGUUUCCAUUCGUGGAGAGGGGGAAAACGAUUUGGUUAUGCGUUCCAAUUGGUCGUUCGGUUCACCGAAAUGGCUUAUAUACAGAUCACAUUUAUUCGUUCGAACAUUCAGCGAUAAACGUUCAGUUCACCAAGUCGUCAUCUAUUACUAUCCUUUAGAAGCAGCAACAAUGACCGGACGUGGCAAAGGAGGAAAAGGUUUGGGAAAAGGAGGAGCCAAGCGUCAUCGUAAAGUGCUCCGUGAUAACAUCCAGGGAAUCACAAAACCCGCAAUUCGUCGGUUAGCUCGUCGCGGUGGUGUCAAACGUAUCUCCGGUUUGAUCUAC